GACGGUGGCCGGAGAGGGACAAUGGUUUCCAUGUCAGCGGGCCCACGCGCUCGCCAGGGGAAAGAUGCCGUGAGUGAGCGAGUGCGUGCUGAGGGGCGAUGAAGCGACCAGAGAUGCGGGUGGCCGGUAGUGCAAGAGCCAUGCCGCGCCGAGGCCUCGUGGAGGGGCCGGACUUUGAGUUUUUCCAGCGUCGCUAUUUCACGCCAGCCGAGGUGGCCCAGCACAACGUGCCGGAAGACCUGUGGGUGUCCUACCUGGGAUCCGUGUACGACCUGACGCCGCUGGCUCGCAAGUACAAGGGAGACCUGUUGCUAAAACCCAUCAUUGAAGUUGCGGGCCAGGACAUCAGCCACUGGUUCGACGCGAAGACCGGAGACAUCCGCAAGCACGUCGACCCGCUGACCGGCACCCUGAGAUACCGCACCCCCCGGGGCCACUUCCUGCACGUCCCGCCGCAGCUGCCGCGUUCAGACUGGGCCAAUGAUUUCGGGAAGCCCUGGUGGCAGGGGGUGCGUUAUGAGGUGGGGCGGCUGUCUGCCAAGACCCGCAACAUCCGCAUCAUUAACACGCUCACGUCGCAGGAGCACACGCUGGAGGUGGGGGCCGAGGAGUCCAUGUGGGAGAUCCUGCACCGCUAUCUCCCCUAUAAUGCACACGCAGCCAGCUAUACAUGGAAGUACGAGGGCAAGAAACUGAACAUGGAUUUCACCCUGGAAGAGAACGGGAUCCGGGAUGAGGGUGAAGAUUUUGACUAUCUCAACAUGGACAGUGCCCUCUACACACCUGCCAUUCUGCUCUACUUCAAUGAUGACCUCACAGAGCUGUAGGAGUGGAGCCGAAAGCUUAUGUAGACUCAGGAUGUAUUUUGAGUUUGGCUGUUUCUGUGCCCUGGAAGGGGGUGGGGGCGGAGUGCGGGACGUAGACCUCCACUCCACUCUGGGAACUGGCCUGAGGUUCCCGUGUCCCUCUGAAGCGUACAGGUCCUACUUCCCAGGCCCACUGUGAUUAGCUCAAAGUUAGGGAGAAUGCUAGAAGCACAUUCAUUCAUUCUCAGGAGUGACACAAGAAGAUGAGGUAUUUUGGAUUAGGGAGACAGCCAGAGCUCAGGCAGAACUUUCUGAUGGUCGGAAAGGGAGGAGUCCUACACAGGGAUGAGGGAUGGGAGAAGUUUCAUGGCAGUGAUGGGAAUGGGGACGGCUGCAGGAGGAUGGGACUGCCACAGACAGGAACGGGAAGUGUCCAUCGCUGGCCAUACGGAACUGGCUGAUCUGCCUUCUGAACUUGAUAGUUGAAACCCCAAGGGGAAGAAAGGAAGUGAAGGGGUAGUCGGUAAUUCAGUCCGGAGCUUAUGGUACGUGCCUCGUACACCCUUUUAAAUAAAACUACUCCGAGAGAUGGGCACCAUCGCCACGAUUUUACACGAUUUUUAGAUUUCUUUUUGAAGCUUAAAAGAUUCUUUCCAUAUUUGGCUUUAGUAAACGAUUGAUGACCCCAGGCAGCAUCCCAUCCAGCAAGUAGAGGGAACUCCUGAAGCUCGGCAAGAUUUAGUGGCAGGAAGGCACACUAGUUAGUGGCCAGGGUGCAAACUCAAGUCUAAAUCUGAAGCUGAUGUUCUUCCUGUGUAGAGAGGCUCUCCCUGUCUUAGGCUGAGAGUGGCCGGGUUCGUCUCCUUUAACCCCGGUGAGGGAGGGGAAUGAGGAUGACAGGAGGUGAAUUUCUCAACAGUCUUGGGCCAGAAAGGAUCAGGGAGAGAGGUGCAUGGGCCUGCCUGGCCAGAGUGGGGCAGGAGGUGGGGGGGGGCACCAGAGCCCAGACAGGGGAGAGGAAGCACUGGGCCUGCUGCCCAGGCGUUUUCGGAGAGGCUGGCCAGGAAAGGCAUGGCCAGAGGCGGAGACCUGUCCCGGCCUCAGCACUUUCUGAAUCAUGGGAGACUGAGGGCUUCCACUCGGGCCCAUGUGAUACAAGAGGCCGUGAAUUCACAGAAGCUUUCUGAUGUGCAGUCAGCUCUGCAGUGGUCUCACGUGUAUCUUGUCCUCUCAGUGACACCGACUGGAGAACCCAAGCUAUGCUGCUGCUCCAGCACCAGCCUCCGGUCUGCCUAAACUGCCCCCCACCCCCCGCACCCCCAGAGUCUCCCACCACAGCGCCUCCUGCUGGAAACGCCCUCCUCUCCUCGCACCCUGGUCACUCUCCAAUAGACCCCAGCUCCGCAGUGCCUCUGGGACACGUCCUCUUCCUCUCGGCCGUCAUCACCGCUUGGCCGGACUGCCGUGCACACGUUCCCACCAGCCUCCCAAUUCCACAUCUGACCCCCACGCAGCAGCCUGAGUGAGCGCUGAGAACCAAACCCAGGCAUCUGACUUUCCUUCCUUCAGAGUCUUCAGUGCCUCCUGGGUGCUUCAGGAACAAAGUCCCGUCCAUCCAGAGAUGUUGCACAAACCAGCAGGUGCCCCCUCCCCUGCCAAUGCCUCUCCUGUUCCCUGUGUCCCAGCCACACGGGCUGUCUCGCAGCCCACGGAGUGUCUCCCUGCCUCAGAGUCCUCACACACACUGUUCCCUCUGCCUCCACACGCUUCCUGCCAUCCCCCAACUAGCUGACCCUACAUGCUUCUUCCUCGGGAUCUCUUCUGACUCCUCGGUGUAGAAAGCAGUGUUUUCUAUUAGAUUGUUUCUUAGCAUCACACUUAUUUCAGAGUACUAAUCCAGUGUAAAUUUUAAGAUUACGGAUGUGAUCGGCUGGCUGGCGGCUGGACUCUAAGCUCACGAGGGCAGAGCCCGUGUCCAUCUUGGUCACCACCGUAUUCCCAGUGUCGGGCACACAGUGGCUGCUCAAUAAAUUUUGAUGGAAUGUCCUCCACUGUUGAGUGAAUUCAUCUGUCCAUAAGAACGAGUGUGGAUGGGAUGUUGUGUCCUGGGAGGCAAGGUGAGACCGAGAAGCAGGACAUCUAGUUCCCACGCUAUCACAGGCUUCCCUGUCCCUGUUCCCUCAGAAGGAAGACCACUCGCUAGAGGCCUUCCCCUCUUUCCCUUUUGGGGGGAAUCCACCUGCCAUUCCCCCAUAUGGCCACCAGGUGGCUGUCAUCACCCACAGAGGCAGGUUGCGGGGGUCCGGAGUGGGGCAAGGGAGGGAAACCCCACCCAAGCUCUAAAGAGGUCGCAAUCAAACGUGGUUCCCUGAAAUGGACAGGUGGGAGGGAAGGACCCAGAAAAAGGAAACACCAGGUGGCUACUGUUUCAUUAGCGUUAGGCCACAUUCCAGUCUAGGUUUUGUCCACAAGUGGGAAAGGAGUCCAGUUUGAGGGAUAAAACCCACCGGAUGGCACAGGUAGGGGCUCUGAUGACAGAUGCGGGUGUUUAGGGCGACGUGCAGAGCUGUGGAAGGAAUACAGAGCGCGCAUUUCAACGAGGAUACGGUACACUCCCUUAGUGAUACUUACCGACGUGUUUGUGUCUGUGUGUGUGUGUGUGCGCAAGUGAAGCUUUUUACGAGACAUUCCCCUGUUCCCUACACAUCCAAGGCCCGCUCUUUGCAGGAGGAGAAUGUAAAUAAACGCCUCGUCAGAAAUCUAGAAAGUCGACAGCACACGAGCAUGGGCUCCAAGUCCUCUUGUGGUGACCUCCUUCGUUCUGCAGCCGGGUGCGGUGACAGGCGGAGUGACAGGCCUGUCCUCAGUCAACCACAGUGACAUCAAGGGACUCAGCUGGCUGAGAUUUCCUACGAGCGGCCGUCCCUGUGAGCACGGAUCGCUGAGGAGAGUCAAGACCCUCAUGUCCUUGCAUGGGCGGCCUGCUGUCACAGGAUAAAACCCACACGCGUGAAAGCUGAAUGAAGACAGUACCGGGCCACGGAGUAGGUCUGGGUCUGGAAAAGGUUUCCACCCUCAGGGCAAGUCACAAGUGGAUGCCCCAGGUCUCGCACUAACUCAACUGCCUCAGCGUCUCCUUCUGCUGAGUAUGAGGACUGAUGCAAAGCACACCGGCCUGUAACAAACAGUGAUGAACGGAAGGACGAAGUGACAAGUAAA